AUGUUCCCCCCUCUCUCGGUGUUGACGCACAUCGCCAACCAGGUGUUGGUGAUCCUCGCCUCGCCUGCGCAGAAACCCCUCGAGCCAUCACCACGACCACCACCCCGACAGUUAUUUGACGUACAAGCUCAUCGAGGCGGCAGAGGAAAUACUAUAGAGAACACACUCCCCAGCUUCGCCUGGGGCCUGAUCGAUGGGGCGACGACACUAGAGCUCGACAACGGAAUCACCAAAGAUGGCGUUGUAGUGGUUUGGCACGACAAUAGCAUCGCCCCAGAGAAAUGUAUUGAUACCUCACCGGCUUUCUCCGGCGAUCCGGACUUCCCAUACGUCGGGAAGUACGUCGCGAAUCUCACGUUUGCGCAAUUGCGGACGUUGGAUUGCGGGUCGAAGAGGCAAGCCGACUAUCCGAUGCAGCUGACGUACCCCGGAACACGGAUAUCAACCAUGCAAGAGGUCUUUGAAUUCGUGGAGUGUGCGGACCCUGGACACCAGAUCCGCUGGAACAUCGAAUCCAAGAUCAAUGCACAGUACCCGGAGCGGACUAGGGGAGUGCAAGAUUUUGUUCGGAGGCAAAGUGCAGUUUUCCGAGCCAGUCCCUACUACUCGUCUAUUACGUACCAAAGUUUCGAUUGGAGAACCUUGGUGGCCAUGAAGGACCUAGAUCCAUCUAUGCCCAUCUCGGCGCUUAUUGACGACGACACGGGGUUCAUGCCAGAUAACACUACUACGCCGUGGUUAGCCGGAUUGCGACUUGACUCCUUUCCUGGACCCACGCUCGGGCAUCAGGUCGCGCAAGCAGCACACGCUAUUGGUGCAGACAUACUUUCUUCUUCUGCUAGUUCUUACUUCACACCGGCCCCCGACCCAUUGAUGGAAAGCUAUGUGGCCUUCACCACGAAGGAGAUGGUGGACGAGGGUCACAGGCUGGACAUGUCUGUGAAGGUGUGGACUGUGAAUCGGCUUAACGAAGCGGAGAAGAUGUUUGACUACCAGGUGGACGGUAUCAUUACCGAUUAUCCCAGUGUGCUGCGCCGCAUUGCCAAACAACAUGGUCUUCCAGUUGCGCCGAAAUACCCUAAGCAGCGAGUUUUCGCUUGCCUUGACGAGCAUCUCGCGAGGCAGCGGUUCUAA